AGCAUACACAAGGAGCUAGAGGAGAAGAUCGCCCGUUUCCACCAGCGGGAAGAUGCCAUUCUCUAUGCCAGCUGCUUUGAUGCCAAUGCUGGCAUCUUUGAGGCCCUGCUGACCCCAGAGGAUGCAGUGCUGUCAGAUGAGCUGAACCACGCCUCCAUCAUCGAUGGGAUCCGCCUCUGCAAGGCCAACAAGUACCGCUACAAGCACAUGGACAUGCAGGACCUGGAGGCCAAGCUGCAGGAUGCACAGAAACAUCGUCUGCGGCUGGUGGCCACUGAUGGUGCCUUCUCCAUGGAUGGUGACAUUGCCCCCCUGAGGGAGAUCUGCCAGCUAGCCCAGAAGUAUGAUGCCCUGGUCUUCAUUGAUGAAUGUCAUGCCACGGGCUUCCUGGGACCCAAUGGCCGGGGUACUGAUGAGCUCCUGGGAGUGAUGGACAAAGUCACCAUCAUCAACUCCACCCUGGGAAAAGCUCUUGGAGGAGCUGCAGGUGGGUACACGACUGGCCCCAAACCCCUGAUCGAUCUGCUCCGCCAGCGAUCCCGCCCGUACCUCUUCUCCAACAGCCUGCCCCCCGCCGUGGUGGGCUGUGCCUCCAAGGCCCUGGACCUCCUCAUGGAGAGCAACGCCAUCGCACAGUCCAUGGCCGCCAAGACCCAACGGUUCAGAAGCAAGAUGACAGCAGCUGGCUUCACCAUCUCAGGGAAGGACCACCCCAUCUGUCCUGUCAUGCUCGGGGACGCUCGGCUGGCUGCAGUGAUGGCUGAGGACAUGCUGAGCAGAGGGAUUUAUGUCAUUGGGUUCAGCUACCCCGUGGUCCCCAAGGGGAAGGCCCGCAUCAGGGUGCAGGUCUCGGCCGUGCACAGCGACGAGGACAUCGACCGCUGCGUGGAGGCCUUCACCCAGGUGGGACGCAAACACGGAGCCCUGCCCUGA